UAUCAUUCCCCGAAAAUGGCGACUUUAGCAGCUGCUGCUGUUGUUGCUGCCGCUGGCAGAGAUCCCGCUGUUGACCGUUCAUUGCGCUCUGUAUUUGUGGGAAACAUUCCAUAUGAGGCCACAGAGGAGCAACUGAAAGACAUUUUUUCAGAAGUCGGUCUCGUUGUCAGCUUUAGGUUGGUGUAUGAUAGGGAGACAGGCAAGCCGAAGGGAUAUGGCUUCUGUGAGUAUCAGGACCAGGAGACGGCCCUCAGUGCCAUGCGGAACCUGAACGGAAGAGAGUUCAGCGGCCGAGCUCUCCGUGUCGACAAUGCUGCUAGUGAAAAAAACAAAGAGGAGCUCAAGAGUUUGGGGACAGGAGCCCCCAUUAUUGAGUCUCCCUAUGGGGACAACAUCAUGCCAGACGAGGCUCCGGAGUCUAUUAGCAGAGCUGUGGCCAGUUUGCCCCCAGAGCAGAUGUUUGAGCUCAUGAAACAGAUGAAGCUGUGUGUGCAAAACAGUCCCCAGGAGGCCAGGAACAUGCUGUUGCAGAACCCCCAACUGGCCUUUGCUUUGCUGCAGGCCCAGGUUGUCAUGAGGAUCGUAGACCCUGAGAUUGCCCUGAAAAUGCUUCACCGUCAAACCCCAGUGCAGCCAUUGGUUCCCAACAGUCAAGCUGGGCCAGUGCCAGUGGCAAACCAGCCUAUUCCCCCGGCCAAUGCUCCAGUCUCCCAGUCACAGCCCAUGCCGGGCAUGCACAUGAACGGAGCUCCUCAGAUGAUGCAGCCCCCUCCCAUGGGUGGGGGACCUGGGCCCAUGCCAGGACAGGGACCUGUGGGACCACCAGGACCAGGUGGUAUCCCUCCCAGAGGUCUGCUUGGCGAUGGCCCCAACGACCCCAGAGGAGGAACCCUGCUCUCUGUCACAGGAGAGGUCAUCGAACCCAGUCGAGGAGGAGGCUUCAUCGGGGCCCCCCCACCACACCAGGGGCCCCCCAUGCACAUGAACCAGAUGGCUGGCGGGCCUCCUCUGGACAUGAGGCCACCCCAUGACAUGAGGGGACCCCCCAUGGGUGAACCCAGGGGCAUGAUGGGAGAGCCCCGGGGACCCCCCAUGGGUGAACCCAGGGGCAUGAUGGGAGAGCCCCGGGGACCCCCCAUGGGUGAACCCAGGGGCAUGAUGGGAGAGCCCCGGGGACCCCCCAUGGGUGAACCCAGGGGCAUGAUGGGAGAGCCCCGGGGUCCCCCCAUGGGUGAACCCAGGGGCAUGAUGGGAGAGCCCCGGGGACCCCCCAUGGGUGAACCCAGGGGCAUGAUGGGAGAGCCCCGGGGACCCCCCAUGGGUGAAUCCAGGGGCAUGAUGGGAGAGCCCCGGGGACCCCCCAUGAUGGAGCAGCGGGGACCCCCCAUGAUGGAGCCCAGGGGACCCCCGAUGGAGAACAGAGGUCGGGACCCCCGAGCGGUGGACCCCCGUGGACCAGUGUCGGGCCAGAGGGUGCCCACUGCACAAGGAAUGCAGGGCCCCCCCCCCCACACCAUGAAUACUAAUGCCCCUCCACCUGCCAGACCGGGUCCUGGUGCACCACAGUCCGGAGGUAGCUUCAGCCCAGGGCAAAGCCAGGUGACCUCACAGGACCAUGAGAAGGCCGCCUUGAUCAUGCAGGUGCUGCAGCUGACCCCAGAACAGAUCGCCAUGCUGCCCCCAGAACAGAGGCAGAGCAUCCUCGUCCUCAAAGAGCAGAUCCUGAAGACCACCGGGGCACCCUGAAUAACCCCACCCACACACCCACACCCAUAGGCUCAAGACUGUCACAGGACCCCGACACCCCUGUCCCCCUGUAACCUCGCCGUUGGAUUGAUCAGAAGACGUCACCUCACUUCAAACAUUUUGUAGAUUGUUUUGUAUUAUAUGGUCUUUUUUUAAUGGAAGUUUGAAGUGUUAGUGAUUUGAAAAAUGUCUUAUUCUUUUGAAGGGGAACACUUCAUAGUCAGUUCAACUGAGAGAAGCGUUGCUGGAUGUUACGUGAUGCCCAACCCUUUUCAUUUUGUGGCUGGAACCUGUUGCCUGUCUGGAUAUUUGUUCAAUUAAAUAAACUUUUCAAAAGA